AUGUCUACUACCAGCGUUGAAAAACACGUGAGCAAGGCAGGCUUCCUCAAGUCUCGCCGAUCCCGAGUCCUUCUAGCACUAGUCCUAUUUAUUAUCAUCUGUGCUGCCGUGAUCCCGCCAGUUGUGGUCACUGAGCUACGCAAGAAAAACGACAUGGGCCCCAAAUCCAAAGUCAUUGUGCCACUCUACGUGUACCCAGCGCCAGGGGCUUGGGCUCCCUUGGAGAAAGAGAUCGCCGCGCACCCGGACGUCAAUUUCACGGUCGUAAUCAACCCCGGCAGUGGGCCAGGGCCAAAUGCACUACCGGACGCCAAUUACACUCGGGAAAUCCCCGUUCUUAGAUCAUACGAGAAUGUGCGGCUGCUGGGAUAUGUGCAUACCUCGUAUGCCCAGCGCAAUAUCUCGCUCGUGCGCAGGGAUAUCGAGACUUAUGCGGCGUGGCCCGACGUCUCGUCGAAUAAGUUGGCUGUUCGGGGGAUAUUCGUCGACGAGACACCCCAGCGGUACAGUGGCAGCGCUUUCGAUUACCUGCAGAAUUUAACCGAUCUGGCCAAGAGUCUAGAUGGGUUUGGACCGGAUCCAUUUGUGGUUCACAACCCUGGUACGGUGCCAGAUUCUCGAUACAUGGCCACCGCAGACUCCACUGUUGUUGUGGAGGCAGCAUACGAUACCUUCCUGGAGAGGAAUGGUACGAGGCAGCUGACAGAAAUUCCGAGCAGCAAUCGUACCCAGCGCGCCGCGCUGAUUCACUCUGUUCCAGACAGCGUGGCAGGCUCCAAGCUCCGUGGCUUGGUGAAGCAGGUCCGUGGAGUCGCGGAUGAAGUUUUUAUUACACACCUAAGCGAGGACUACUAUGCUAAUUUUGGUGACCGAUGGAGUGAGUUUGUGGACUUGAUGGAUGACUGA